UUGCAGUUCUCCAUUGUGGCCUGCAGAGGGAGCGUCAUCUUUCAUCUUUCACUGCUGCUGCUUUUCAGGAGCGUCUGAUCUUCGUUCGCCUUCUCGCGUUAUAGCCUCUUAAAGCUCCCGGAUGACGCGGAGCCGAUCGCUUAAUAUAAUAGCGUACCUCCAAACGAACUAACCGGCCUUCGACGAGUUUCGACGGAGCACCGUGAUGAAUUUCUCCCUUCGUCACACAGGCGGGCGGAACGAAGCUCCGCUAGAACACCAUUAGUGUAUGUGUGUAAAAAUAUAUAUAUGUGGAUCCAACCGAACCCGGACCGGAUCAUGAACCCGCCGCUGUGUCGCGUGCCGUGCUGAAGUGGCGGCCUGAAAACGGCGCGAGUCUCGCGCUGCUUCUGCGGUUAGCCUGAUCGCUGCUAACGGGCCUUAAAAAGCCCAGUCUGAUUUCUACAGUCUGAUCUAAACAGCCGUGUGAGCUUUAAUAAGAUCCUCCAGCGGGGAGAGCAGAGGAUGGCCGGCCGUCUGAGCGCUGAGGAGGAGCAGGCCACAAAGCAGUUUUUGGAGGAAAUCAACAAAUGGACGUCCCAACAUGGUGUCUCGCCGUUGUCCUGGGACGUGGCCGUGAAGUUUCUGAUGGCCCGCAAGUUUGAUGUUCUGCGAGCAAUUGAGCUUUUUCACAGCUACAGGGAGACACGUCUUAGGGAGGGCAUCGUCAAACUGCAGCCUCACGAGGAGCCAUUACGCUCUGAGCUGUUGAGUGGGAAGUUCACUGUGUUGGGUGUCCGGGACCCGUCUGGCGCAUCCAUCGCCCUCUACACGGCUAAACUGCACCAUCCCAGCAAAACAGGAAACCAUGUGGUUCUUCAGGCCCUGUUCUACCUACUGGACCGAGCUGUGGAGAGUUUUGAGACUCAGAGAAAUGGACUGGUCUUCAUUUAUGACAUGGCUGGAUCCAACUACACUAACUUUGAACUGGACCUCAGCAAAAAGAUCCUCAAUUUGCUGAAGGGUGCGUUCCCAGCACGGCUGAAGAAAGUGCUUAUCGUUGGAGCUCCUGUGUGGUUCAGGGUCCCGUAUAACCUUUUAAGUCUGUUACUGAAGGAGAAGCUCAGAGAACGGGUUCAAAUGGUGAAGAUGGGCGACCUGCGACAGCAUCUGCCCAGAGACUGUUUACCUGAGCACCUUGGCGGCUGUUUGCCUCUGGACGUGCACAGCUGGAACCUGCAGCUGCUGUCCGAGCAGAACAGGCGCGUGGACCCCGUGGAUGAGCUGGUGGGGAUUCCGCUGGAGAACACGUCCAUACACAUCCCUGGACCUGAGGUCAUGUGUCUGGCCGAGCUCAUGGCCCACCUGAACCGGGCCCAGCGCAGCGGGAUCUACCUGGAGUAUGAGGAGCUUCGCAGAGAGCAGCCACCUGGAACCUUCACCUAUGCGCUGGCUGCUCACAACCAGGAGCGGAAUCGCUAUGGCGACGUGCUGUGUCUCGAUCAGACUCGUGUGCGACUCGAAGCAAGGAGAAAUGAGAGAUCAGACUACAUAAAUGCCAGCUUCAUGGAUGGAUACAAACAGAAAAAUGCAUAUAUUGGGACUCAGGGUCCAUUGGAAAAAACCUACGGUGAUUUCUGGAGAAUGGUUUGGGAGCAAAGUGUGCUUGUCAUCGUCAUGACAACAAGGACGGAUGAGGGGGGCCGGAGGAAGUGUGGACAGUACUGGCCCAAGGAAGAGGGCGGUCAGGAGGUAUACGGGCACAUCGCUGUGGUCAAUCACAGAGUGGACAAACAUGCACAUUUCAACCAAACCACACUUGAGCUGCACAACACUGAGACAUUCGAACAGAGACAGGUGACUCAUUUUCAGUUCCUCAGCUGGCCUGAUUACGGGGUCCCAUCCUCCGCACUGUCUCUGAUUGACUUCCUGGGUGCCGUGAAGCACCAGCAGCAGUGGGCGGUCCAGGCUUUCGGCUCACAGUGGAGGGGUCAUCCGCUCGACCCGCCCAUGGUGGUCCACUGCAGCGCCGGCAUCGGCCGGACUGGUACUUUUUGUGCGCUGAAUAUCUGCCUGUCCCAGCUGCAGGACGUCGGGACUCUUAACGUUUGCCAGACGGUUCGACGGAUGAGAGCGCAACGUGCCUUCAGCAUCCAAACACCCGAGCAGUACUAUUUCUGCCACACCGCCAUCCUCGAGCACGCCCAGAGGCAGGGCCUACUUUCAGCCAAUCAGUGAGCAGCAGGGCCCACUUGUAGCCAAUCAGAGACCGAAAAGGUCUAAUCUCAACCAAUCAGUAAGAGGCAAGGCCUGCUCUCCUCCAAUCAUAAGACAAUACUCGUUCUUGAUUGAUCGGCGACUCUUAGACAGGAUAAUUCCCAAUUAAAAUCACUGGGUUUUUGAUUAAUCUGUCAUUAUCAAAAGACAGGCAGCAUAAAUAGUAACCAUAACUGACUCCGUAUGAAGAGGGUGUCUAAAUGUUCAGUGAUCCAGCUAUAGUGUAGUCUAUGUAAUGUUGUGCUGCAUUUUGUGCAGUUUAUUCUGUGAAUUUGUCAAAAUUCAUGCAUUUCACAUGAAGCUUCAAAUCAGCCGCGCUCAAAUGUGAUCCAGGACAAACGAACGUACCGAACAUACAAUUUCUAGAAAUUGGAGUCAUUUGUCAUGCUGUAGGUCUUUUUAUUUCAUAACACCUCAGACCAACUGUCCGUUCUCGUGUUUAUGUGGGGUUAAUUUGCCCACAAACAAAGUCUUUAUUUACUCACAAUCGUGUCGUUUCAAAUCCAUUUUACUUGUUUUUUUUCUGUGUAACAGCUGAAUGUAAUUAUACUCCUUUUGUGUUUCA